ACGUUGGAAAUUUAAGAUGCCUCGGAGCGUCGGAGCGUAUUACAAGAACAUGUCUUACCAUCACGACACCAUCAUGGCUGUAAAGCCCGGCGUGAUGUCAGAACACCACAUUAGCACGUACGCAGCAUCAGCAUGGAAGGAAAGCCAUAGUAUGUGUGGUACGUUUCCCAUUUGAUGAACGUACCGAGGACAGACAGACGCAUGUCAAACUUAAUACUUUGAUGGAAACUAAACACAAAACUUAGGGAUUAUGAACCGUGUGGAAACGAAAGGGACUAUAGGAAUGGGACAUUCCCUGGCAAAUGUGGCGGUCACCACACGGAUAUCAGCCUGCACCAUUGUCAGACUAUAAAUAUUUCAGCUAAUUUGUGCAAUGGGCAAAAGCACAACAGCGUAGCUGUCAUAGCGACUCCUGUGUUGGAUGGCGUGCGUCAGAACAAUUAAUGACAAUGAUGACUCCGCAUUGUGAAAGACAGUUCAGGCAUACUUUAUUCAUUGGUUACGGGGGUAAUAAAGCGAAGGGUUGAUGCAGGGGUUUUGUGAAAAUGAUUUUUACAUUAAUACUUAAAAGAUAAACUUUUAUUUUCCUUGCUAAGUGUCUAUGGUAAUUGGAGGAAAGUCAUUUGGCAGAAACAAAGAUACUGAAUAACCAGUCUUAUGGGGGUACUGUUUGAUAACUGUUGAGAGUCUGUUGUGUUACAAACCCCUUUCAAGCCAUCGAAGUAAUCUACUCCUCAUUCUUGAUCCUGUUGAUAAACUCAAUUGACAUUAGUAGCCUUUAUCAUUGUGUCGUAGUUCAGGUUAUGGUAUGUGACAGGAUCUCAUUCGAUAUAUACUAGUCUAACGUUACCUUACUUCAGUUUGCCUAUUAUGUCAGCAAAGUCUGAGCAAACUGAUAUGAAAGAGCCGCGAUUCGGAGCCAUGGACGAGCGGAAUGUCGGUAGAAACAACGUCGCCAAGUUGGACACACCUGUUCGGUCGGCCCGCCCUAAAGCCCAUGGACAAAAUGGCGACGUGGACGGCAGUGUUCCCGGUGACAGAUCACUGUCAAAAGAAGAUCAACGUGCGUUUGCGGUUCGUCAGUGUCUAAAGCCUGUUUUAAGCCACGCGGGGAUUGUUGCUCUUCUACUGAUCUACUGCUUCGUGGGAGCCGCUAUUUUCCAAGCGAUUGAGUCUCCUCGAGAGAUAAAGGAGCAACAAGAACUCAUAAAAUCCCGCGACUUGGUUAUCGAGAUGCUUUGGAACAACAGUCAAAUAAUGGACCAAGAAAACUGGACUCGGUUUGCAAUGAUGGAAAUCGGAAAUUUUGCACAUUCACUUGACGCGGCUUUUCAUCACGGUGUUACGCCAGGCUCUGCGGAGAAGUGGACCUACUACGGCUCCCUGUUCUUCGCCGCAACCGUAGUCUCAACAAUAGGUUACGGCCACCACGCGCCUGUGACGCCGGAAGGGCGGAUCGUCUGCAUCCUGUACGCGCUGGUGGGCAUCCCGCUCUACCUGUUCUGUGUGGCGGACCUGGGGCUGAUGCUCGCGCGCGGAAUGACCAGACUGUUUUCUCUUGUCGGAUAUCAGCUCUGGCGACUUGAGCGAGACAGAAGAAAGCAGAGAUUCAAAGACAAUCGCAAGGGUUCUCCGUCAAAUGAGAGCGUCGCAUGGAGUAACACGUCGGGAAAUAGCAAUCGCACCGAGUUUACAACGUCAAGUCCAAGAGAUUCACCUAAAAUAUCAAAUACAACGUCUGAAAAAGAAGACCCAGAUUCAGCAUCGCCACUGAGGAAAACAGCAUCUAUUGAUAGCGAGGACAUAACACCAUCAGGGGCACAAUCAUCUACAAGUGGAGGUCUCCCCGAAACAAAAACAGGACCCGACAGAUAUAAACGUGCUGACGGCGAAACUUCUACGUCAUACAACGCCCGUAGCUGUCGGACAGGGGAGAGCAGACAAAGGGGUGUGGUCUUGGUGGACCAAAACAUGGACGUCAUCUCCUUGGACGAUGAUGAUGAAGAGUCUGUUCCGGAUAUUGAGAAGAGUCAAUGUGCGACAAAAGUCACCGGCAAUAACAUCAGACAUAAAAUCAGUCUCAAGAGAGGCACCGAACUCCAUCCCAGCUUGACACAGAGGGGACGUGAUCCCCGUUUCACCAUUUUCACUGGUACUCCUGCAGGCACAGAGGAUACGGAACGGGCGGAGGAGGAAACAAACAUCAGACAUCGGUUCACUGACCGCAAGAUCGACGUCCCCCUGUUGGUGGUGGUCCUCCUGUUCCUCGUCUACAACGUCCUCUGUGCUUUAGUUAUCAAACAGUGGGAGGGUUGGGACUUCCUAACAGCCUUCUAUUUCUCAUUCAUCACGUUGUCUACCAUCGGGUUCGGCGAUGUAUUUCCUGAGCACCAGAAGAACCUACUCGGUUUCUCGGUGAUGAUUUUGUUUGGGAUGGCGGUCUUGACCAUGUGCAUAUCUCUUGCUCAAAAUCAGACUUACAAAACGAUCCAAAGGUCACUAACGAAGGUCAAAGCCUUGACGAAGCGGACGACGAAGACAGAGGACAAUUUGGAGCGGGAUUCCUCCGCGUAAAGUGAAAGACCCAAAGUAAAGGGGUGUGCUUCGUCCUCGAUGAUAAGAGCAAACGUUCUGUGAUACGUAUAGCUUAUAAUAUAUAUAGCAGGUUUGAGAUGCCACCAAAUCAUAUUUUCACAUAAAUCUACACCUGUUGCUUUUCACAAGAUACCAUUCACCACUAACAAUACCCCUGUAAUCUUAGACUUACAACUUCAAACGUGUUGUGUUAAAAUUGCAAAUGAUGGUUCAGAUUCCCGAUGUUUUCGGGCCUUGGUAGAAGACAGGACUGACCUUUGACUUUUCACUUCAAACUUACAGAGAAUAGCUAAUUAUUGCCGUUGUGUAAUGAUGUGAAUCUCAUAACUUUUGUUACUUUUUUGAUGUUGCAGUGAUCUUAUUUUUCCUAUAAUAUAUUAUGAUAUGUGAAUUAAUUGUAUAAAGGUUAUAUAGAUAAUAUUUAUCUAAAAUACGUUAAUCUAAAAUACCAUGUGGAAACGAGGGACGAGCUUACUCUGUUCCUCAGGCGGUUACGUUGUUUACAAUAAAUAUUGAAAGUGCGAUCAUGCGCCUAGACAAUGAAUACCUGAUUACAUUUUUCAAACCUACCGCAACCUGCUGAACGGUGAAUGUUUUACUCGACAUGAAAUGGAAAUCCUGGGACAUCAAAUUGAAACGUAUACAGGAGGGUGUGAAUGGGGAAUGUAUCGCAUUUGUCUGGAUCUUUUGUCAGGUUUCCAAGGUUUUCAUCUUCAAUUGUUUUGUUCUGAUGUUGACUCGCUUAUUGUUUGAUAACAGAACGCAAACAUUAGCUGGAUAUAUUCCAGCUUGUUAUCAUCUACUUGAUCAGGUCGUGUCAUUCGACGAGAUGGUCAGUGACAAGAGCUGGUAAUUGUAAAUGGAGAUCACUAGAAUACACAGCGUGUAACAGCGCGACACACAUCAUCAGUGAUGAACCAGUUUCCACCAGACACCCUUACCCAGGCGACCCAAUCAAAGUUGAGUGUCCAAAUGACCUCCAAGGUCCCCCCUUCGGAACCACAACCAACGAGCUGCCUCGAGAAUGUCCCCAAUGUAUUUCCAAAGCCAGGAAACCUUUUACUCCAAGGAGUUCUAGCAAAUGAGGCAAAAUUACACAUCGAACCCCCCGGCCACCUACCUCCACAGGUACACACCGGGCUCUGCAUUCCCUGCUCUUGCUUUCUACAGCCUUCGCCUUUCCCGCUCAUUGGCCUAAUCUCCAAGCAGAUUCACGGUAGCAUUAUAGUAUCAAAGGAGUAUAGCCGGCCAGAAAAGGUCAGGGUAGGCGGCGGAAUGGUCCCAGGAUAUAAAAUUCGCCCAUGAUAUAUUUCUCACCAAAUCAUUUUGUACAGACUAAAUAAAGUACCGCAAAAUGACAUAUUCCGAUUUGGUAUUUUUACCGAACAGUGUUCAAACAGAAGUAUUGUCCUGUUCUGGUGGAAUGCUCUCAAUCUGCUCUAAGAUUGCCGGGGUUUGAUACAUAUUCCAACGCCUCUCAAAGCGUCUUUUGGCGGCACAGGGUAUGAAAGCUUUCUUACUAUGUAGGCGAUGCAGGUAUGACGUCAUACGACAUAAACGUCUGAGACAAAUUACCGUAGGCGAUCCAGACUUUGGAUAAACAAGUCCACAUCUAUUCACUAUACCAUUGUUGCCGCCAUUGCUGAUAUAGUAUUUGCAUGAUACUGCAUUCAAGCUGUCCUUUUGUUUGCUCUUUUAUACGAUAAACUGGAAAUAAGUGACUGUGAAACGCUCAAUGUUUGAGUACAUGAAAAUAUGUUCUGCACGCCGAGAUCCAACGUUUCUGUCAGAGACCCGCCUGUGACUGACUGGGGUGGCCAACGAACAUCAUUGCCACAAUCCGAAAGUAUUCACACCUACCAUACUAUCAAUGAUUCUGACGUGCUUGAUCAAUGCGGAAGAAAUCCCACGCUAGUGGCAGGUACAAUGCCGAGCCCAAUCAGCAUCAGCCGUGGCAGAGCUACGGGGACUACAGCAGGGGUGUUCUCGGCUUGUGGAGGGGUGUUCGCUCAACGAACUUCGUCGCCUUCGCUACCUGGGUGGCAAAAUGUCAACAGUCCUGUGUUGUGUUCUCUGCCGAUACCUGAUCAAGGCAACACAGAGAGCUCACACUUCUGGACUCUUCCGGAUGUACACUUCGGACAGCAGUUCCCCUUUUCUGUUUCGGCAGGACCAGUUCUACCCAUGCGCGGAGUUCCCUUCGGCACCAUACCACCAGUCGUCCUGGCUCCGAGAAGUCGCUCAGCUUUAUCCAGAGGUAGGUCAUCAACGUUAAAUCAAGAAGGGCGAA